AUGCAAAAGAGAGAUCGAUGUGGAGUUAACGCAAAUGGUAGCAGCCCUUUAGAAAAUAUGAGAGGAUUAGAACAUUAUUUGAAUGAUAUUAUGAGUCCACACAGCAACACGACUGAUAUGAAAGCGUUCACAAAAGAGAAAAGACCCUCGAUGAGGAAAAUGCUAAAGGCGAGGAAAAUAAGCUUUCCUCAAGUGCUCCUGAAAAUCGCCUCUUUCGGCGCAGGUCCGGAAGUCAGCGGCAGAGCUCACUUUCCAUCAUUCGUAAAAGUGGGCGUUUGCCGGCUUUACGAAAAUAAAAGGAACAAUUGGGAACGAUUGGAAACUAGGAAAACUCGCUCGGAAAUCGGUACUUGGGGGGUUUUCGGGGCUGACGAACACGAUUCUGGCAUUAUAAUUACCCGGAGGUGUAAGGGGGUGGCUCUGUGGGGGUGCGCAAGCGGUGAAUUGGGGGAGAAAUGGCAGCGUGCAUGA